UUUGUGUGUGUGUGUGUGUGUGUGUGAGCAGGGAUGACAGACCAUGGAUGUGCACAUUCUGUGUAUUCAGAACCUCUCAGUCGUGGCUUUACCCAGAUCAGCAGAAGAAGGAAGAGGUCAUGUCUCGCCAGAUAUCCCAACGCAUGCUGCAAUGCCAGUAUCUCCUCCUGUAUCUGUGCAGUGCUGAUGGGGAACAAAUAUUUGCCACCAACCCAUGCCUCUACCACCCACAGUUGCAAGAUUACUCCACUGUGAUCAAGACUCCCACGUGGCUCGGUAAAGUUGCAGACAAACUCCAGGAGCAACUCUACCAGACGGUUGGAGAGUUUGUGUCUGACGUCCAGCUCAUUUUCAACAACUGUGCCACGUACAACCGAGACAACGCUGAAUUCCUUGCCAAGGGCAACGGACUGAAGGAGUUAUUCGAUGGAGAAUUUAAAAGUGUGUUCAACAUCAGUGAUAACUGAUGACGGGUAAACGGUGUUCUAUUUUCAUACUCAGUAACUUUUUGGGAUAGGUUAAGAAAUUAUGUAAUGAGCCCUGUGGUAUAUGUCUUUCUGACUGAUGCCUCAUCUGCAGUCACAGUAUUUCAGAAUAAUAAUCAAUAAGAGGUAAAGGUACUUUAACUGGAAUUAAGUCAGACAGAAAUGAUCCAGUUUAACUUGAGGUCUUUUUGCGGUAAGGAUACUUGCAGUGACAGAGCUAUUAGUGGCCGAGUUGCAUUGUGGGUAAUGUAGCCGCCAGGUUUUUCAUGGAUGCAAAUUGUCGCUGGAAUAAUAAUAAUAGGACAAUAUCUGUUGUUCUGAUUUUGAUCCAGUGUUACAGGAGAGUAAUGCUGAAUGAGCAGAGCAGUCAGGUUACUGAACUUUUAAAAAUACUGUAGUUUGAUUAAAGUGAGUGUCACUACCAGGGCUGGGUUAAAAUAAUCGAUUCAUCCAAUCCAAAUCGAUCUUCAUUUGAAUGACACUAUAUCGAUUCAUAAAAUCCCAGAUUGAUCUUUUAAUAUGUAUGUUUCCCCACAGAUGUGUGAAGCUUUAACCACGUUAAUCUCGCCAUUAGUAAACGAGCCGCGGCGCUUAAUUAUUAACUUUCAAAGUCUUGAGAAGCUCCGAAGUUACCAGCUCCUUUAUCUGUAACUGUAACUGUGUCAUUUAUUAUCAUGCUGCAGCAGCCUGCUGUGUGUGCGUCGGUGCUGCUGCGCCACUUCUAAGGGCUUUAACGCCUGGGAAACGUGAGGUCGGAUUCUUGGGACUACUUUUGUGCCUUUUUUUUUUAUGCAAGCUUUCACGAGUGUGGCGGUAGGUUGCGUCUGAGGUUGCUAAGCAACCUUAAGCACCGAAUCAUAUUCUGUUUACCUGAAAUCCUGAGUGCAGAGCUGAUCUUUCUUCCAGGAGCUGUUUAUAAGUGUGUAGGCCUGUCGUCUGUGGGACAGAUGUAAAGCUCUGGGUGGCCCUGCACUAACAUGAUCAACUUCAUAUUUAUCACAGACUGAUAUUUAGGGGUGAAGUGAAAGAUAUCUGCCGGCUGUGAUUUGUUGGUCCUCGUCACAUGACAUGGUGCAUGCUGCUGCGUUCCUCAAGUUAAACUCUCAGUUUAUCUCAGGGCGCAGCCGUCACACCCUGAAAAAUGGGCGGUCAGGAACGCGUGCACGGUGCAACGGCGUCUAUAUUGAAAACGGUGAAUUUGAGGGCCCAAAAAACGCGGCAUGUGUACGGCCCCUUUCGCACACACAAAUACUGAGUAGAGAUGUUGGGGUGGAGACAGAAAAGUGAAGUUAACUUGAGCUGAGGACAGGACAAUACAGCUGAUCAGCAACAUGUAAACAUGAAGAAAAGUGAUAUUUCAGUCUGCUCUGUCUGCAGUCUCUCGUCCACCACCACUGAUAUUAUGUAAUAAACAAGCACAGACACUUUACAGCUAAUAGCAAAUUGUUACUAACAAGCUGAAACGACAACAAAUUUUUAUGUGUCAGGGUUUAGCUCAGUUUGUCUCGUAUCUUAAAACUUACCGGUGGUCAUGUGACCUGUGGUCAUGUGACCUGCAGGUAGUGAGUCUCCUCAGCAGCAGAGAGGACAGCAGGACUAAUACUGACUGAUGUCUGUGUUCUUUAUUCUUUCUAAACUUCACUCAGUAUUGUGAUGUCAGGAAUAUGAUUUAUUUUAUUGACAUUUUUAUAUUGUGACUUUGCUGUUUUAAUAUUGCUGUUGCUGCUCUAGAAACAUUUAGUUUUAAAAUAUUCACUUUUAAUUCUGUUCUGAAUUUAUUCUUUUUUAACAAUAAUUAGUUCUCUGAGAAUCUCUUUCACAUACUAGCAAAAACUGGUAUUGUAACUGAAAUAUCCCCAAUCGAAUCGAUAUCAAAUAGAAUCGAAUUGAAUCGGGACCUUGUGAAUCUAAAUGGAAUCUAUUCAGGAAAUCAGUGGUGAUACCCAGCCCUAGUCACUACAGUACUUGUGAACAGUGAACUUAUCAUGUUGGGAUGAUCCUCAGCACAUGAUGAGAUUUCAGAACAGUUGAAACUGCUUAUAGUGAUCACGGGUCAUAUUCAUCACUAUAAACAGAUGAUUAUUUUCCUUAUUUCUCACACAGGUUACCAUCUCAUUGACAUGUGCAGUCUAUAUUUAUGACAUGAAUAGAAAAUAAAAAGCACAGCUUUGCCAUUUACUGAAUUUUAUUGACUGUUUAAAAUACAGCACAACUGUUUCAUUCCAUGACCGGGCAUUAUCACAUGACGAGGUCGGCUUUAAUCGCAGGUGCUUCCCUGUGUGUAUUCAUUUUCUGUCUCCAUGACUAGCAGCUGUAAAAUGACUUUCUUUUAUCUGUCAUGAUUUCAAUGUGCACGCGGCACCAGCCUCAGGUGGUCAGUAAAGUAAAAUAA